AUGGGGUCCAUCCACGCAGCCGAGCAUGGCGAGUUCCGCCAAUUCCUACCAGAUGUGAACAACGCUCGGUUUACGGCCAUGAGGAAACAAGACGCCUCUGAAUACGCUGAAGGUUUCAAACUCAACAGGAACCCCCCUUGGCUGCACGCUCUCUACGUCCACUGGCGGAAGCUCUUCCAGGAGCCUUACCGGGGGAUCACAACGGAUGGGAACAUUCGCCCGGAUCUAUUCAAGAUUCAAGACGAAGGUAUCCCAAUCGAAGACAUUGUUAGUUCAGCAGAUGCUCUGCUGGACAUGCUCGACGAAGAGCAGCGUGCGCUUGUCAGCUACCACAUUGACUCUCCAGAAUGGCGGUCCUGGUCGAAUCCCGAAUUUCUCCUGAGCGACAAGGGCCUGCGCCUCGACAGACUAAGUGAUGCGCCUCAGAUCAAGAAUGCCAUCAUGCGUGUUCUCCAGACGUCGCUGUCGCCAGAAGGCUACGCCAAGGCCGUCGCCGCCAUGCGCAUCAACGGGUUCCUGGGUGAGCUCGUGCAGGCGCCGCGCGUGUGCAAUGAGUUCUCGUACAACUUUGUCCUCUUCGGACAGCCGUCGACGUCGCGGCCCUGGGGCUUCUCGUUUUACGGCCACCACCUGUGCCUCAACAUCAUCCUCUACAAGACUCAGAUUGUUGUCUCGCCGUGGUUCACGGGCGCCGAGCCGAACCUCAUCGACGGCGACGGCCCUCACGCGGCGACGCGGAUCCUCCACGAGGAGGAGGUCCUCGGCCUGCACCUCAUGCAGAGGCUAUCACCGGAGCGCCAGGCGGAGGCGCAGGUAUACAAGCUUCUCAAGGACCCGGCCAUGCCCAAAGGGCGCUGGAACCACGACGACCAGCGCCAUCUGUGCGGGGCAUACCGCGACAACCGUGUCGUGCCGUACGAGGGCAUCCUCGUGGGCGACAUGACGGCCGCAGAGCAGGAUCUCGUGUCACAGAUCAUGGGCCAGUACCUCCUCUACCUUCCAGAGCAGGCUCGACUGGCGCGGAUGGAGCAGGUCAAGGCCUGGUAUCACGAGACGUACUUUUGCUGGAUCGGGGGCUUCGGCAACGAGGACGCCUUUUACUAUCGUAUCCAGAGUCCGGUUAUCAUUGUCGAAUUUGAUCACCACUCCGGCGUAUUCCUGACGAACAAGGAGCCGGCCAAGUUUCACAUUCACACCUUAUUGAGGACGCCCAAUGGGGGCGACUACGGUAUGGCGCUGAGACCGUUGAUGGAGGGCAUGGAGCAGGGAUUUGUGUGGGAAGGCAUUCGGUGUGUCCUGCCUAUCACUUUCGCUCUCACCGGCCGGAACAAAGCCGGCAAUAUGACCUUCAAAGAGCUUCUCGAGGAGCUCACGCUCCAAGAGAAGGUCACUCUUCUCUCAGGUCGCGACUUUUCUACAGCAGCUGGCGUUGAGAGGCUCGACAUACCGCCCAUCAGAGUCGCUGAUUCCGUCAGUGGCAUCCGUCCCGCGGGCAUCGAAGCGGACCUCACAACAGCCAGUUUCCCCAACACAGCAUGCUACGGUUCGACGUGGGAUGCCGAGCUCCUGGGUCGCCUGGGCGGCGAGCUCGCCCACCAGGCGCGCAUGAAGAGCGCCCAGGUCGUGUUGGGGCCUACCAUCAACAUCCAUCGUGAUCCGCGCGGCGGCCGCAACUUUGAGUGCAUGAGCGAGGAUCCCCUCCUGUCGGGCCACCUUGCCGGCGCCGUGGUCAACGGCAUCCAGGCCAUGGGUGUCGGUGCGUGCCCCAAGCACUUUGUCUGCAACGACUCGGAGACGCUGAGGCACUUUUACGACGUCAAGCAUUCGGCGGACAGCAGGACCUUGAGAGAGGUCUACCUCGCCGCCUGGCAGCAUCUGUUGAGGACAUCGGAUCCUGUGGGCAUCAUGACGGCAUACAACAAGGUCGAUGGAGCUUUCUGCAGUGAAAACAAGCCCUUGAUGGAGGGGGUGCUCCGGGCCCAAUGGGGAUACAAGGGCAUCACCAUGUCGGACUGGUUCGCCGUGCACAACACGGCCGCACCCAUCCAGGCAGGCCUCGACCUCGAGAUGCCGUUUCCCAUCUUCAGGGGUGCCACGCUUGUCAAAGCCGUCGAGUCGGGCGAGGUGACCGUCGGCGAGGUCGAUGCUCGCGUGCUCAAGAUGCUGGAGCUGCGGGAUCGGACCAAGGCGUGCCACGGCAUCAGCACCGAGAAGUCCAUCAUCAAUGAGAAGACGAACCGGUUGGCCUGGGAGCUGGCGGCCAGCGGCAUUGUCCUCUUGAAAAACGAACAGGAGGCACUGCCCCUUGACCUGACACAGUCCUCUGCCGAUACGGUUGCCGUCAUUGGGGAGUUCGCGCGAGACCCUGUCAUCACUGGAGGCGGCAGCGCUUCAUGCACGCCGCAGUACAGAAGCUCUCCCAUUGAUCUCUGGAAAGAGGCUGUAAACAACGCAGAACGCGUGCGAUACUCUCCUGGCGUGCGGACGCGACGAAUUAUCCCUGUCGCCGACACCGAUAAACUCGUUGCCAAGGAUGGCCGUCCAGGCGCAGACGUGACCUACUACAACGACGACUCGCCCGAGCCGCUCUUGGAGGAGCACCAGGACAAGCCCGUCGUCUGGAUGCUCGGGCAAUUCAAGCCAGGUCUCAAGGUACCUGGGUCCCGGCUGACGAUCACAACAAAACUGACGCCGUCCACGUCCGGCGAUCACACCCUCACCAUCAGAUGCACGGGAGCGUUCACCCUCACCGUCAACGGUGAAACCGUCCUGACGGGCUCAGACAAGGGCAUCCCGACGGAGCAGUUCAUCUUCAACCACAUUCUCCUCGAGACAGGCACACAAAUAUCCAUGGAGGCCGGCGUCUGCUACGACAUUCGUCUCGACAUGGCCGGCCCUCCUGAGCUCGUCAUCGGCGAGCCGACCCCCUACGCGGCUAGUCUCUGCUUCGAGGAGGCCUACGACGAGCAGCAGGCCAUCGCCGACGCCGUCGCCCUGGCCCGCACCUCCGACGUCAGCGUCAUCUACGCGGGACGCAACGAGCAGUACGAGUCGGAGGGCUUCGACCUCGACGACAUUCGCAUGCCGGCGAACCAGGCCGCCCUCAUCAAGGCUGUGGCCGCUGCGUCGAAGAAGACGGUGCUCGUGCUGCACUGCGGGAACCCCAUCGACGUCAGCGCCGUGGUCGACGACAUCGACGCCGUCGUGCUCGCGCACUUUCCCGGCCAGGAGGGCGCGCGGGCCGUGGUCGACGUGCUGGCGGGCACCGUCUGCCCGAGCGGCCGGCUGGCGACGACGUGGUUCAAGACGCUCGAGGACGCGCCGAGCUUCGGCAACUUUCCUGCUCAGAAGCUGGAGGACGGCAGCGUGCAGAUGGAGUAUGCCGAGGGCGUCGAGGUCGGCUACCGCUCUUCACAGGCGGCGGCCGCAGACAGAGUCCGGUGGCCGUUUGGCUUUGGCCUGUCGUACACGACUUUUCAGUAUGAGGGGCUCGGCGCAACGGCGGAAGAAGACGCGGAGACGGCCGUCUUGCGAUGCAGUGUCACGGUCAAGAAUACCGGCCGAGUCGCUGGCAAGGAGGUCGUGCAGCUGUAUGUAACGCCGGCGGACGAGACGGCCGUGUCACGACCUGAGAAGGAGCUCAAGGCUUUUGACAAGGUCAUGUUGCAACCGGGCGAGUCGAGGACGGUCGAGCUCACGGUAGAUCUCAAAGUAGCGUGCAGCUAUUGGGAUGAGAAUGAGGUCGCCUGGAGGAUGGAGCCCGGAACACGCGUCUUUAUGCUCAACUACGAGUAG